AUGGUACAGGAUUUGCGGGACCAAGCAGGUCUUCAAGUCCGUCACCACAUGAAAAUUCACAUCGCUGACAAAUAUUCCUUGAAUAUCAAUCCCGAAGACUGGGGUGCGAGCGCCCUGAAUGCAGGCACGCCUGAACCAGAUGAUUACCUUCACAAUCCAGACCCAAAGCGUGAUCUCAAGAAUGACAAAGGUCACAUUUUCACACCCGCGCAAGGCAUGCAAACCUAG